AUGGAGAAAGAGCGGAGUUUGCCAAAGAGGCCGUGGGACACCUGUCGAGAGGUCCCCAUCAUUGAAGAUGAACAAACCCCCUGGAAAAUGAUCAAGCUGCUGAGGGUCAUCGCCCUCUGCGUCGUCGCUCUGUUUGUGUUUGGGUUGGCGUUUUGUAGCAAGACAUCUUUCCUUCUCCUGAUCACUUUGGCCAAUGAAGGCACCAAGAUCCUCCUGGAUGAGCAGAAACCCGUCGCUUUGUUGUGCAUCGGCUGCGCUAUUAUUGCCCCCAGUGUCCUUCUCUUACUGAAGAGCAUCUGGAAGGCGUGUUACAAAACUUCAAAGCUGCCAGAUAAAACAACUGUAGCUUUGGUUCUGUUCUUGGAGUUUCUAGUGUCAGUGGGUGCAGCAAUUCUCACCAUCGUGGCAAUGCCACACUUAGACAUUGUGACCAACGUGACGAUACUGAGCAGCGUAGCUAUCUUCCCUGCUGUCCUGCAGAUAGUCGCUCAGUGUACUGCCAAGGAAAGGAAUCGAUUUCUGCUGCCUUCCAUCACCGCCUUCAUCCUCAUUCUGCUCGGUUUCAUCCUGUUCCUCGUCUUGUACAUCACCAAAGAUCCCACUGACACCCAGAUGGCCAUUUGGGUGGGUCUAGCUGUUGGUGGGGUCUUCUUGGUGUCUUUGAACUGGUGGGAGAACUACUUCAGGGUGAUCUGUGAGAACACAAACUCCAUCUUCCUCAAGAUCCUGUGCAAAGACAUAGCAAAGUGCCAGAACAUGCUGCACAUCUUCUCCAGCGUGCUCAGGAUCGCGGUGACUGCCUGUGUGCUCGGAGCCUACGUCCCUCUGGCCAACAUGGAUUGGGACGUUGUGACCUCCAUCCCGAGUCGUGAGACCAGGAUCAUAGCCAUCAUCAUUGGGGUCCAGCUGAUCUCUUCAGCACUCUGCCACUGGUUUGCAUUGGCAGCUUGCAAGAUGCACGCCCUGCGACGGUGCUUCAUCCUGCCCUUGUACCUGGCCUCUCUGGCUGUGAUGGCCCUGUUCGUCAUCCCCGUCAUUGUUUACUAUCAGGACUACAAAUUAAGCCUCAGUGGGACUGAGAGCAUCAACUUUACAGGCUACUGUAACUUAGUCGUGGAUGGAAGAAGCCAAAGUGCGAACGGCAGCGUGUUUCCAGAUCUGGUUUUGGACGUUACACACACUUUGUGCUUCCUGGACAUGUCCACGAUCUUUGACAUCGGCAUGCUGACAGGUUUAGCAGUGUCCUGGUGGCUCGGCCUCACGUUGGCCACCGUCCACCUGUGGUACCUCAGUCUGUAUCGCAUCCAGAGGACCCAGGACCUGUUCAUCGGGAGGUUUUAUGAGGGAGGAUUUUUAGAGCAAUCGCUGCUGCUCAACGUUCGAUUCGACAUUCAGAAAAUCGUCAAACUUUCGAAACAAUUUACACCACUGGAGCCGGUCAAAGUGUUCCUCUGCGCAACGAUGUGGCACGAAACCUACGAUGAGAUGAUGAAGAUAAUCAUUUCAAUAUUCCGACUGGACAAGUACCGGCCUCAAACUGAAGACGCAACGAGAGAUGUGACUUUUGAAGGCCACAUCUACUUCGACGACGCCUUCAGAGAUGUUCCCGGGAGUCAAGGACGCCACGUUAACGAAUACGCAGAGAUGCUUGUGGACAUCAUCAGAGAAGUUUACAGCAUCUUUGUGAACAUCGACAAAGACAUCUUCAACGAGCAGCAGCAGAUUCCUGAUCAGAAGUUGGUGAGGACGCCGUACGGAGGGCGAGUGGUCGUCAGAAUGCCUUACGGAACCAGCCUGGUGGUACAUUUCAAGGAUAAACAACUCAUCCGUCACAAGAAGAGAUGGUCCCAGGUCAUGUAUUUGUACUACCUCCUCGGCUGGAAAGUUUCAACCAAGUAUUUCCAAAGUUGGGAGAAAGGAGGGGAGGAGCCUGAGCUGAUGAGACAGUUUGAGAAAGAGAAGCACAACACCUACCUCCUGGCUUUAGACGGAGACACUGACUUCCAGCCGGCUGCUGUGAUGCUGCUCAUCGACCGUCUGAAGCUGUAUCCUCGGGUCGGGGCAGCGUGCGGCCGGAUUCACCCGACCGGGUCAGGUCCGAUGGUUUGGUACCAGAAGUUUGAAUACGCUGUGGGUCACUGGCUGCACAAAACAGCCGAGCACGUGUUCGGCUGUGUUCUCUGCAGUCCUGGAUGCUUCAGCCUGUUCAGGGCUUCAGCGCUGAUGGACGACAACGUGAUGAAAAAAUACACCAUCAAGGCCUCCGAGGCUCAACACUACAUCCAGUACGACCAAGGUGAGGACCGCUGGCUGUGCACGCUGCUGCUGAAGCAGGGAUGGAGGGUGGAGUACAACGCCGCCUCUGACGCCUACACCAACGCACCAGAGGAGUUUAAAGAGUUUUACAACCAGCGUCGUCGAUGGGGACCGUCCACGAUGGCCAACAUCGUAGACUUGUUGGGCGACACCACCCUGAUUACCAACAGGAACCCGUCCAUGUCCAGACCCUACAUGCUCUACCAGCUCUUCAGCUUGGCCUCUUCCAUACUCUCACCCUCCACUGUCGUCCUUAUGAUUGCAGGUUGUCUGACCGUGCUGCUGGACAUCCACCCCAACGCUGCUCUGGUUCUGGCUGUGAUUCCUCCUGCCAUCAUCCUCGGCAUCAGUUUCAAGAUCAAGUCAGACACUCAGAUCAUCAUUGCAGCAGUCAUGAGCACCCUGUACGCCUUCAUCAUGAUGAUAGCAGCGAUCGUUGUAAUAGGCAACAUGAUCAAGGACCAAACCAUCCUGACUCCCAGCAGCAUCUUCCUCAUUGCUCUGAUGUGCUUCUACACCGUCACUGCGCUGCUGCACCCUCAGGAGGUUGGUGUGGUGAUCUACGGCUUCCUUUACAUCAUCUGUAUCCCCAGCGCCUACCUCCUUCUGGCUAUUUACUCCAUGGUCAACAUGAACAAUGUGUCCUGGGGCACCAGGGAGACAGCGCCCCCUCCUGGAGCCGCCAAACCAGCCGCCGCUGCCCCUCAGACUACCCUCCAGAAAGCCAAAAGCAAAAUCACAAAGUUCUUCUCGCGGGCCAAAUGCUGCGGAAAGCCUUGUUGGAGAGAACACACCGAGGAGCUGCUGGAGGACCAGGAGGUCGAGCAGGAACCUGAGCCUCAGAACACGACUGUGGAGGACGUGAGGAACCCUGAGGAGGAGCAGAGGCAAGAGGAGCCUAUUUUUGACUGUCCUAACCAAUGUUGGAUCUCACAGCUGCAGAGUCUGUCUGAUGACAUGCACCUGCAGGAGGACACGCUGGACCAGCAUGAGGAGCAGUUCUUCAGAGAGCUGAUAACCACAUAUCUGGAGCCUCUGCCUGAGAACAAGAAGAAACAGAAGGAAAUGGCAAAGAAACUUAAGGACCUGAGAAGCAAGAUCACCUUUGCCUACUUCAUGUGCAACGCCUUCUGGCUGGUAACAACCUUCGUCCUGCAGCUGGUGGACAGCGUCAGCAUCCAGGUGCCCAAACUCGACACCAACCUGCAGUUCACCGGAGAGUACAUUUACAUCGAUCCGGUGGGAAUCAUGUUCAUUCUGGCUUUCGCAUUGCUGGUCGUCAUCCAGUUCUUCGCCAUGCUCUACCACAGAGCGAACACGUUGAUUCAUUAUGUGGCCUUUCUGGACACAGAGUCCAUUUCUGAAAAACAAAGACAGCAAGUCCAAGAGGUCGCAGAUGAUGAGCCCGAUAACCAUGAUGACUUCAUGUUUCCAAAUGUGCUGAGGAGAAGAUACGAGCGAGGCACGAUGGUGUGA